AAUAUUUAACAGAUAGCAUAACAGAAAAAAAAAGCUUAGUAAAAAGAAAAAACAAACCCAAAGCUCAACUUAAAGAAAAAAUAGUAAAUACAAAAAACAUUCUAAUCAAAAUUUUAGAUAAACUAGAAAAGUUAGAGAAGGCAAGAAGAAUAGUAAUAGAAGGUCUUGCAAAUUAUUUCUAA